AUGGGGCCGAGUUCGGGCGGUGGCCUGGGCGGACUCGUCUCGAACGACAUGUCUGGCGGCGGGCCUGGCAAUGCUGGCAGCCAGCCGCACGGGACCGAGUACACAUUGCAAGGCGUCAUGCGCUUUUUACAAACAGAAUGGCACCGACACGAACGCGAUCGCAAUGCGUGGGAGAUUGAGAAGCAAGAGAUGAAGGGCCGGAUAGCAUCCCUGGAAGGCUCUGCGCGGCGAGCCGACGCGACACAGAAGGCACUCAAGAAAUACGUCACGAUCCUGGAGAAGAAGGUCAAAGACCAAUCAGCACUACUCAAGUCAUCUGCGUCGGGUACCGAUGCCACAGACACGCGCCCCGAGUCUGAAAAGCAACAGCAAGCAUCCAAGAUCCUCGAGAAGCUCCGUGGCAUUCAAGACGAUAAGGACUCGCAACACUCGCAAUCGAUCGCAAACCCCGAGUACGGCGGCCGCAGCCUUGCUGUUGGCGAUGAAGACGACCAGCGAUCCGACUUGCGUAUCUUCCUAGACCAGUGCCAGGCCGAAUUCACCUACCUCAUGGUUACGCCCGCCAACCCUAUGCCACCCCGCGAAUCCCCCCCUCUACCUCUCAUGGACGACCUCCCUGAAGACGACUUUGGCCUUCCGGCCGGCCAGCAGCAGAUGGAGCAGUUCGCGCCCCCUCCAACACGGGCCGCUCAACAAGCACAGAAUCUGCGACAGACGCAGAGCGCUGCCAACCAUGUCAGCCAACAGCAGCAGCAACACCAGCAACACCAGCAACAACAGGUCCAGGCUGGCAAUUACCCCUCGACGAGAGGUGCUGAGCUGCAGCCCGCGCCCAUGACAAGAUCUGGUGCAGAUGUGAAUGCUUCGGCAUACGCAGCCGCGACUGCAGCAUCAGACUGGCCACCCCAGGCAGCGCAGACGACAUCAAGCAGCCAUCCCUUGGAAGAUCGGGACCGGGUCAGCCAGGCUGACUCACGGGCUGUCGCCCUAGGCGAAAAGACCGCCGAAGCUGGGGCUACGACCGAGCCCGACGCGUGGGAUUUCAACGACGGCCCGGCCUCCUUCCCGGAGCCAAGUCCCUUGUCCGCGACGCAACAGCAGCCCGUCUCCAACCGCCCAGACACCGAUAUCUUCCCUGCAGCCGACAGUAUACCGAAAUCGCCGAACCGCCUUCCCGGCUCUCACCGCCGGAAGGGUAGCAUGUCUAGACGGCGGAGCGCAGACCAUGAGCUGUCCCUCAACUCCACCUCUCAGAAGGCGCAAAAGACGGAGAAUGGAAACUUCAAAAUGCGGUUCGGGCUCCGUGGGCAUCUGGACACAGUGCGUACGGUUAUUUUCUCUGGCGGCGGCAGUCCCGGCGAACCUGAGAUCUGCACGGCCGGUGACGAUGGCUUGAUAAAACGCUUCCACAUUCCGCGGACGACGUAUUUGGCUUCGGGCAAUGUGUCUGACCUAGAUGUGCAGGCGGACUUUACACACCGUGGCCACCACGGCGCGGUGCUAUGCCUCGCCUCUUGGUUUGCAGCACCGAACUUCUCGACCGGUGGACGUGCGCAGGGCGAUGGAUGGAUAUUCUCCGGCGGACAGGACAACUUUAUUCGGGUGUGGGAGCGCGGCCGGGUUGACCCCAAGGCCACGAUUGACGGCCACACCGAUGCCGUUUGGGCGUUGUGUGUUCUCCCAGCAACGCUUGGCGCCGUGUUUGGCCAGAGCAGCACCAGCUACGGCUCCCCAGAUCGCAUUCUCCUCGCCUCUGGUGCGGCCGACGGUACUGUCCGCGUCUGGUCAGUGAGCGCGCCGCCUCAGAUGACUUCGCCGCAGCCAGGCAGUGCGGCACCGAAUGCCAACCGGCGUGGCGUUGGUGGAACCGGUGGUCGCGUACGGGGCAAUUCGAUGAGCUCGGGGUCGGGCUUCCCGAGUAGUCCGCAGCCAACGGUGGCGAGCAACAGCCCUUUCAACUACACGCUGAUUCACACGAUUGUCCGCGCCAACUCCAAGGCCAGUCCGACGUCCAUUACAGCCCUGAGCAGCAGUGGUGGAACCUUUGUCGUAAGUUAUUCGGAUGCAGCAAUCCUUGUCUACGACACACGAACCGGCGAGGAGAUUGGGUCUAUGGCCAGCCUCGAAACCUACGAUGGAACAGCGGCGACGAGCGUGAACGCGGUGGUGGCGACGACUGUUGGACUCGAGCAGCCUCAGCUCGGCGACGAGGAUCUUGGUGGAGGCGGGAGUCACGGAGGACCUACAGGCGGCGGGCGUCGGUCCAUGGCGGGGUCAGGUGUCGAGGGCGUGAUUAUUUCGGGCCACGAGGACCAGUUCAUCCGGUUCUUCGACGCGAACAGCGGCCAAUGUACGUACAACAUGUUGGCGCACCCGGCGGCUAUUUCUGGGCUCUCCCUCAGCCCUGACGGUCGUGAACUUGUCAGUGCAGGCCACGACGCAUCGCUCCGGUUCUGGAGUCUCGAGAAACGAUCGUGCACACAAGAAAUCACGUCGCACCGGAUCAUGCGCGGUGAGGGCGUCUGCUCGGUCGUCUGGAGCCAGGAUGGACGGUGGGUUGUCAGCGGUGGUGGUGACGGUGUGGUCAAGGUGUUUGCACGGUAA